UUGAUGGUGUCUCAAAGAUGUACGGAGGACACCGACACUUUCCUUUGGGAAAUUAACCAGGACAGGCCAAAGGAAUAUGCUGUUCUCAUGUAUGAUGCAUUUGGAAAGAUGGGUAGCAAUGUCGAAGGAGGUAAUACCAACCAGCCUGGCUUGUUGCAGCAGUGUUGCUCUGCCCAUGGUCCCACCUUCUCUGGACAGUACUGCCAGGUGUUCCUUAGGCAGGGAUCAGUCCAGUACUUUGUGGGUAUUUGUGUUCCUGACUCCUGCGUGGAAGAGGAAGUGCAGAUGCUAGUUCUGUACGGGAGACUUCAGUUUGGUCAGACGUCCCUUAUUCCUCCGUUACCUCCCAUCCUGGUCAAUCAGUCCACUCAGGAGAUGAUCAUGACCCACUGUUUGUCCAACACCAUUGCCCCUGAUGCAUCUGAUGUCACCUGCCUAUUUGUGUGUUGUGUAAUGGUAGCAAUUCCUCUUGCGGCCACCCUGUAUACAGCUAUAAUCAGGUGGCAACGCAACAGAGAGGUCAAUCCAGCAGCAGAGUCUUCCUGUUUAAACACUGGCCUCAACCUUUAUGGGACCCUGAAGACCAAUGGCUCCUCCAGUAGUGAAAUCAAUAGCAGCACUUCUGAGGAAAAUAGUAAUAACAGAACCAGCCACACUCCACUGUGUGUCCCCCAAAGCUGUGUGUACCGGUGCCUGCAGGUGUUCUCUCUACAGACUACCAGCCAGGGUGUCUUUAGCACCUCCUCAUCAAUCCCAGGAGGAGGGUACUCCUCCCUGAAUGGCAUCCGUGUUCUCAGCCUGUUAUGGAUAAUAUGUGGACACUCUGCACAGUUCCCUGUAAUAAACAACCUGGAUAACUACAAGAACUGGAAGACAACAGUUGAAAGCAGCCCUCUGUAUGUGCUUACAAUCAGUGGCCCUGUUUUUCUGGCUGUGGACACCUUUUUACUGCUAGGGGGUCUGCUUAGUGCAAGGUCUCUGCUGGGCUCCAUCGAUAGGGCUGAAGAUAAACUGAGCCCCAGUUUGGUGGCUAACUACCUCUUCAAGAGGAUUAAAAGGAUUCAACCACUGCAUCUGUUUAUCAUGUGUCUAACCAUUGGCCUCAUCUCUCUGGUCAAGUGGGGACCCUACUGGUUCCCAUUCAUAGAUACAUUAAUGGAUUGUAAGACUUACUGGUGGGCUAACUUACUGCUGAUUAGCAAUCUCCUCCCAGUCCACGAGAUCUGCAUUCCUUGGACAUGGUACCUGUCUCUGGACUUCCAAUGUUAUGCCACCACUCCUCUGUUGGUCUAUUUUUACAGACUAAACCGAGGUGUGUUUGCAGUCAUUGCUGGAGGCCUUCUGCUGAUGACCACAGUGACCAGUGGUGUUAUAACUGCACUCCUGCAGCUGCCAGUCUUUCAGCCGUCCACACUGACAUCUGAGAACUAUGUCUUGUAUUACUAUGUGAAACCCUACACAAGAUAUGGGCCAUUUUUAAUAGGGAUCUUGACUGGUAUAUACUUGACAACAAAGAAAGAUCAGCUGUUAAAGCAAAAGUGGCAGGCAGUACUUGGCUGGUUCUGCUGUCUGUCACUCAUGGCUGUGUUGGUUGGAUUGGCCUACAUCCUCAGGGAGACCCCGGCCCAUCUAUCUGUGCCACAUGCCCUCUACCAGGGACUGCACAGACCGCUCUGGGCUCUGGCUGUGACCUGGAUUAUACUGGCCUGUGAGGAGGGUUACGGAGGUUUUAUCAAGAGCCUCUUGUCAUUGGAUUUCUGGGUUCCUCUUUCCAACAUUAGUUUUGCCUGUUAUCUGAUACAUCCUGUCUUCAUCAUCCUCUACAUCGGCUUGCAGGAGACCCCAAUCCACUACACAGACAUCAACUUCAUGUACCUGUUUCUUGGCCACCUGGUGCUCACGCUGGUGGUGAGCUAUGUGUUUACAGUGCUGAUCGAGAAACCCUACCUCCUCCUAAAAUGGAGCAGUACAUAGAGACAAGACUUAUCCUUUUAACAUCCCUGAUCAUAUAUUCUGUUUGCUUGUGCCUUGUAAGCUAUGUGAGUGCUCUUUUUCAAUUCCGCGUUUUAUAGAGAUUGCUGAGUGGUUGCUACAUUGUAACAAGCAUUGUUCAA